GGUUAUCAAACUAUGAUUUUGUGGUUUUAAGUUGCAUUCCAGCUCCAGAAACUCUGACUCUAUUCAUCAGUCUGCUAUCAAUACACUGAUGAAAUCAUUGAUUUGCGUAAUGAUCUGUCCCUUGCAACUUCUUCUUUGCAAUCCUUAAAUUUGCUUCAGACUGUUUUAAGUCAUAUCUGCACAGGAGCAUAACACAUCAAUUUUGCAGCUGCAUUGUUCUUCAUGUCGACAAUGAAGAUGAGAUGAUUAUUCAGCAGCAAAUGUCGCUACGGACAACCUUUCAAGGGGAGGAGGUCUAUGGACGAGGCAAGAUUCCUGACUCUCUUCUAGCAAUUUAAAGUGAUUACGACAUUUACUUUUGCAGUGGUGACAUCGCAAUUUGGAAGACACUUCCAACCUGCAGUUUGUCAUUGUACACAUACAUGCAGCUUUGGCUUUUCUGAAACCAAAAAGGAGAUGCUGAUUUUGUACUUGUGAAAAUAGUUUUAAAGCACUGCCUGAAGGCUAGGAUCGUUAAUUUGUGAAAUCUUCGAGAUCGCAAUCAUGCUAGCUUUUUAUGCCACCAUGAACGCCUCAAAAGUUUCCUCCCGUCUGGGGAUACUGCUCUUUACCAUGUCCCUGCUUUUGGCCGAGUGGCCUGUCAAGGAUGUUUCAGGAAGUCUCAGCUCUGAGUCGACCAAAGGAUGCAUCCUCAAGAAUACACACCUUGGAACAAAAGCCAUCUGCACUCACCUACACCUGAAAUCUGUUCCUCAGGAUCUUCCACCCAAUGCAGUAACGGUCGAUCUCUCCUUCAAUACAAUACCAACAUUGUUUAAUGGUUCGUUUGCAAAUCUUCCAAAUAUCACUUCCUUAGGACUUGAACACAAUGUUCUGUUGACGAUAGAACAUGGUGCCUUUGAGCCUCUGAGCCAUCUCAGGAAAUUAUCUCUAAAACACAACAGAUUGGAUUCUCUACCCUCAGGGUUGUUCCGUGAAAACCGUUUCCUCUCUAUACUAAUUCUCGGCAAAAACAGAUUGGUUUCUUUCCCACGCAGUGCACUUCCUUGGUCCAACAGCAUCACAACCCUUGAUGUAUCUCAGAAUAGAAUCGCUUUCCUUGAUGCCCUUGACUUUGAACCGCUACAGAACUGCUCACUGGAAAGACUUUAUCUUGGAAGAAACGCCUUACAUACUCUUCCUUUCAAGGUAUUCUCCACUUUAAAUACAGUGAAAUGGAUGUCGCUGUCAAAGAACAAUUUUCAAAACUUUACCCCAUCUGCGGUUUUAGGGAGAAGUGCUAUUACACAUCUAGAAUUAAGUUCUUGCAAUAUUGAAAAUAUAAUUUCACAGAACAAAUCUCACAUUGCUCUAGUUAACGGGCCAAUAUCUAUGAUACUCAUGAAAGCAAACAAAAUACGCCAUUUACCUGAUUAUGCGUUUUGGGGGUUCAAUCAGACAAAAACUAUUUUGCUUCACAACAGCAGAGUUGCCAGUUUAUCUAGUAAAUCAUUCUUUGGAUUGGACAACCUAAUUGAUUUGGAUUUGUCUUUUAAUCUCUUGACAGCUCUGAGCUUGAAGACAUUCUCCUGCCUGCACAUGUUAUCCACACUUAAGCUGAAUGGUAAUCAGAUUGCAAGAAUAUUUAUUGAUUUAGUAUCAGGCUUAUCCUCACUCUCCCACCUCAACUUAGCACAUAAUAAUAUAGAAGAAAUUCCUAGGAGUAACGUGACAAUUCCUUCAGUAGAAUAUAUAGACCUGUCUUUUAACAAAUUCAAAACGAUAAGAAGGUUCUUUAUGUGGAGUUUCACAAAUCUUCAAAUUCUGAACAUGUCCAACAAUGACAUCUCUCAGUCGUACUCCCCAUACUCUUUUAUCAACUUGAGACAUCUUCGAGAGCUGCAUCUCACCAACGAGUAUCAGCAACUCAUCAACAGCGCUUUUCGCUACCUGGGACAUCUGCAAGUGUUGGAUUUGUCCUUUGCUCCAUUAAAAAUGACCACUUUGAGGCAAUUUACAAAUGCUUCAUCGCUCAAUAGGCUAAUCAUGCGAGACUGCAGCUUGAAAAGUGCAGAUAUACACAAUGCUAAGAAAAAUAGGACCCUCUUUUGGGGAUUAAAUUCACUGAAAGUUUUGGACCUGAGACAAAAUCAGUUUGACAUAUUAGCACCAGGUACAUUCAACCCAAUGAAAAAACUCAGGGUUCUUUACCUGUCUCAGUGUACAAUAUCAGUUCUGAGCUGUGGUGUCUUUGAUAGCCUGACUGCCCUCACAACUCUGGACGUCCGGGACAAUGCGAUUACGAAGGUGCCCGAGUCCCUGCUUCAAAGGCAACACCACCUUGCUGUUCUGUUCUUAGGCAAUAAUAAACUUGAGACCAUUCCAGGAACAUUGUUCAAGGAAACCACCUCUUUGCACAGUCUGUUCAUCCAACAAAACAGAAUUACCACCAUAGAACCUAUGACGUCCUUCCCAACGAAUACGACACUGAGAAUAGAUGCAGCUGGAAAUCCAUUCUCCUGUACUUGCCAACUGAGUUGGUUUGUGAAAUGGCUUCGUUCUGGCAACAUUGAACUCAGGCGUCCAAAGCAAACUCUCUGCUCACUAACAUCAAUCAAAGCAGAGGUGGAUUCACCUAUACUAACAUUUAACCCAGACAAAUAUUGUGGACUAGACUUUGUGAUGAUCACUAGUGUAUCCCUUUCAGGUCUUGUGGUAUUGGUGAUUGGCCUGGUGACUUACCGGCAGCGAUGGUGGCUGAACUACAAGUUCUUCCUCCUGAAGCUAGCCAUCUGUGGCUACGAAGAAAUCAACCAUGAAUUUGAUGCGCAGGACUACGAAUACCAGCUAAACAUUAUGUAUAACGAAGACGACCAGGAAUGGGUUGACGGCAUCCUGAAGCCAGUUCUGCAGGAAAGGUUUCCACAUCUCCAAAAGGUGGCCUUUGGUGACAAUGACCUCAACAUUGCGAUGUUCUACUUCAAUGCUCUUCACUAUGUUGUUGAUAACAGCUUCAAGACAGUCCUCUUGAUCAGCUAUAACUGUAUAAAUGAUGCAUGGUUCUUGACCAAGUUGCGCAUCGCCCUGGAACAAAUCAACGAUACCAAACUGGACAUGGUCAUCCUGAUUUUCCUUGAGGACAUCCGGGAUGCUGACCUUCCGUACCUAGUUCGGUUGUUCCUGAGUAAGAACAAACCUUACAUGCUCUGGACAGAUGAUGAAGAUGGUCAAGAACUCUUCUGGGCUCAGUUUGAGAAGAGCAUGAGAUCCAAUAGGGCUAUCAAUAGUGUUAUACCUGUUUAAUCUAUUUUAAAAUCAAUAGGUGAUCAAGAUUUUUUUUCCACUUGUCCUCGCCAGGACCCCGUUGCAGAAGGUUACUUCAAUGGUGUCAAACGCGUCCAUCAAGUGAUUACUUCCAGUUUUGAUUGGCUGUGGAGUGCUAUGACCACGGAGGAUGACAUUGGAUGGUAAAGUUACCAUAGUAAUAACUUUUCUGCAACAGGAACAGGAAGUGCUACUCUGUAUUUCAUUUCAGGAUACUCCCUCUUUCUCCAUGAAAUCAUACUGUUUUUGAUACCCUUUUAUACUUUCCUUUUCCACCAUUUUUUUCAUAAAGUUUUCUUCAUGGUUGGCAGCUCUGAAUACUAAUUCUGGUCUUUGCUGCGUACACACUCUGUUGUACAAAAGUGUCGUCAGGGGUGUGAGUGGUAACAAAUAAAAAGAUCUGAAAAAAGCUGUUGAAGUGUUGAAAAAAAACUGAAACAGAAAGAGCUCCCACAGUUUUUGUUCAGAGGAAACCUGAAAUAAACUGAAAUUAAACUGAAAAAAAAUCUGAACUCAGAUAAAAUUAAAAAUCUGAACUCCCACACCUAUGUAUGGUUAUCAUACCCUGUCACAUCUGCAAAACACAAAAUACUGGUAGUAAAAUGAAAUAUAGACCAUAUUUAUACGCUGUUCCCCUGUUACUAGUUGUUUCACAACUGCCAUAUGACUUUUUGAUGCCCUUUCUUCAAACUGUUUUUAUUCACUUAUGCACGGAUGAGAAAUCUUGUAUGGUAUACCAGCUGAAAGAGGGGAUUUUAAGCUUUACAAUGGUAGGUCAUUUGUCUAUUG